AUGCUCGAACUCCGCAUCAUUCACACUUCAUCGAGUCAUUGGUCGUCACCUCUAUAUAUGGUACCUGAUAAAUCUGAAGGUAGAAAUCUACAAGCACAAGAACCUUGCGAAGAGGAUCGCCUUCUUGUUUUUCUGUAUAAAGCCACUAUACCAGUCCCUCGUCUCAUAAAAGGUUUGAUUGUGCACCACAGUCAGACUAGGUCUUCUGGUGAGAAAGAUGAGAAUUUCAGCUGGGUUCCAGAAAAUAUUGGCCAAUUCAUAAUCGCGAACAUCGAGUCAGAGAGCUGUUGGGCCUGGAAACCGGACAAGUUGGAUAUUCAGCCAACGGGUAUGCGUUGGGUUAACCAAAUAACAGGAUACACAAACUGGUAUAGAUGA